GUGAAAAUGGAAAGUAAAGAUUCAAAACUAAUAAAGAAAACGGGCAGGAAAACCCCUAAGUACUGUUGUAUUUGUAAAGGAAUUUACAGAGGAAAGGUUAUUGAUGGGAGAAAAGUGUCAUUGCACCGUUUUCCUCAGAACAAACGUUUAAAACGUGUGUGGGUGCAGCGAUGUAAAACGGUCAUGAGAUCGUUCCAGUGGAAUGAACACAGACGAUUGUGUAGUGAGCAUUUUGUUGGCUUCAGAGGACCUUCAUUCCAGCAUACACUUCCAUCUAUGUUUCCAACUGAGACUGGUGCUACCAAAACCUUCCAGCCAACGCUCCUUGAUGAAGACGUAGGUGAUGAUGAUGAUGGUGAUACGGUCAAUGACGAUUUAGACCUAGAACUGUCAAAUGAUGAUAGUAUACAGCCACAACUGUCAUUUGUAUCCCCUUCCGGGCAUGCCAUUGAUACCUCUGUCCACCUGCAUGAUUACUGCAUGGGACCAGUACUACAGCCACAGAAUCAGUCCUUUAGAUGUUGUGACACACAGACUGAGAACAACUGUGCAGUGAUGGAAGUACAAACUGAAGAAAGUUUCCUGGGAAAAACAGCAGACUUCAGUUCACAAACAGAACAUUCUACUAGAGACUUUGGUGUACAAUGUCAGCUACCUAUGCUCACAUAUGAUGACGUAAAAUACAAUGACGAUUUGGUCAGUUUUUACACCGGAAUCCCUAAUCGAGUUGUGUUUGAAGCUUUGUUUGAUGAAAUCAAGGAUGAAGCUGAAGUGCGGACAUCAAGGCGGAAACUUAACUAUAAAGAUUCAGAUGGAGGACGGCCAAGAACUCUAAGUGUUCUGGAUGAAUUUUUCAUGGUGCUGAUGCGCCUACGUCUAGGUCUGUUAUUUGAAGAUCUAGGUACUAGGUUUUGCAUAUCCACUUCACAAUGUAGUGACAUUGUUGAAAGAUGGAUCAACUAUUUACAUGUACAAUUAUCCUUUCUUGUUCAAUGGCCAUCUCGUGAGGUAGUGAAAAAUAACAUGCCUGAACAAUUUAAAGAGAAAUAUUCUAACACUAGAAUUAUUAUCGACUGCACUGAAAUUUACAGUGAAACAUCCAGUUCUCUUUCUUUGAAAAGUUUAAUGUACAGUGAUUACAAGUCUCACAUGACUCAUAAGAUUUUGGUGGGUAUAAGCCCAAAUGGUGUUGUAACUUUUGUUUCUGACUGUUGGGUGGGCUGUACCAGUGACAAGAAACUCACAGAAAAAUGUGGACUCUUGGACUUGCUUGAAGAAGGAGACGCCAUAAUGGUUGAUAAGGGUUUCACUAUUACAGACCUUACUACUCCAAGAGGCAUUCAUCUCAUUAUUCCACCAUUUAAACAGAAAGGAAAACAAUUCUCUAAACGUGAGGUUCUCCUUACAAAAGAUAUUGCAAGUUUACGAAUACAUGUUGAAAGGUUUGACAAAAAUGGAUAA